CAGGAACCGGCCAGCGCCUCUCGGCUUCCCGUGCUGCUUUAACCCCUUGCCGUCCCAGCCAUGUCCAAGCAGCCGCGGUCCGGCCGGGAGGAGAUCCUGGAGUGCCAGGUGAUGUGGGAGCCUGACAGCAAGAAGAACACGCAGAUGGACCGUUUCCGGGCGGCUGUGGGCGCCGCCUGCGGCCUGGCGCUGGAAAAUUAUGAUGACUUAUACCACUGGUCAGUUGAAUCCUAUCCAGACUUCUGGGCGGAGUUCUGGAAAUUCAGUGGAAUUGUCUUCUCACGCAUGUAUGAUGAGGUUGUGGACACAUCGAAAGGAAUCACAGAUGUCCCCGAGUGGUUCAAAGGCAGUCGUCUAAACUACGCGGAAAACCUCCUGCGGCACAAAGACAAUGACCGAGUCGCCCUAUACGCUGCAAGGGAAGGCAAAGAGGAAAUUGUGAAGGUGACGUUUGAAGAGUUGCGGCAACAAGUAGCUUUGUUUGCAGCAGCGAUGAGGAAAAUGGGCGUGAAACAAGGAGACCGGGUGGUCGGUUAUUUACCCAACAGUGUGCAUGCCGUGGAGGCCAUGCUGGCUGCAGCGAGCAUCGGUGCCAUCUGGAGCUCCACGUCCCCAGACUUCGGUGUGAACGGUGUUCUGGACCGCUUUUCUCAAAUCCAGCCAAAGCUCAUCUUCUCCGUGGAGGCUGUCCUGUACAAUGGCAAAGAGUAUAGCCACAUGGACAAGCUGCAGCAGGUGGUGAAAGGACUUCCAGACUUGAAAAAGGUGGUGCUGAUUCCUUACAUUGCCUCUAAAGAGAAGAUAGACAUUUCCAAGAUUCCAAAUAGCGUGUUUCUGGAUGACUUUCUUGCAACCAGGAAAGGCGAGCAGGCCCCACAGCUGGAGUUCGAGCAGCUGUCCUUCAGCCAUCCGCUCUUCAUCAUGUUUUCAUCAGGCACGACUGGGGCGCCCAAGUGCAUGGUGCAUUCCGCUGGGGGCACCCUCAUCCAGCACCUGAAGGAGCACAUUCUUCACGGCAACAUGGGCAGCGGAGACAUCCUGCUGUAUUACACCACGGUUGGCUGGAUGAUGUGGAACUGGAUGGUGUCCGCUCUUGCCACAGGGGCGGCUGUGGUCUUGUACGAUGGCUCCCCCCUGGUGCCCACGCCCAACGUGCUCUGGGACCUGAUUGACAGGAUAGGCAUCACCAUCCUUGGAACGGGUGCCAAGUGGCUGGCCAUCCUGGAAGAGAAAAACAUGAAGCCAGUGGAAACCCACAGUCUGCAGACACUUCACACGGUCUUGUCCACCGGCUCCUCUCUGAAAGCCCAGAGCUACGACUACGUCUACAGGUGCAUCAAGAACAGCGUCCUCCUGGGCUCCAUCUCAGGUGGCACUGACAUCAUCUCCUGCUUCAUGGGCCAGAAUUUUUCUAUUCCUGUGUAUAAAGGGGAGAUUCAGGCCCGGAACCUGGGCAUGGCCGUGGAAGCCUGGAACGAGGAAGGAAAGGCAAUCUGGGGAGAGAGUGGUGAGCUGGUGUGCACCAAGCCGAUCCCCUGCCAGCCCACGUGCUUCUGGAACGAUGAGAAUGGGAGCAAGUACAGGAAGGCCUAUUUCUCCAGAUUCCCAGGUGUCUGGGCGCAUGGCGACUACUGCAGAAUCAACCCCAAGACUGGGGGCAUCAUCAUGCUGGGCCGGAGCGAUGGCACGCUCAACCCCAACGGAGUGCGAUUCGGCAGUUCGGAAAUCUAUAACAUCGUGGAGGCCUUCGAGGAGGUGAUGGACAGCCUCUGUGUCCCCCAGUACAACAAGGAUGGGGAGGAGAGGGUGCUCCUCUUCCUGAAGAUGGCUUCUGGCCACACGUUCGGGCCUGAACUGGUGAAGAGCAUCCGCAAUGCUAUCCGCGUCGGCCUGUCCGCACGGCACGUGCCCAGCCUCAUCUUGGAGACCAAGGGCAUUCCGUACACCCUCAACGGCAAGAAAGUGGAAGUGGCUGUGAAACAGAUCAUCGCUGGAAAAGGCGUGGAGCACCGGGGGGCCUUCUCGAACCCCGAGACCCUGGAUUUGUACCGGGACAUCCCCGAGCUGCAGGACUUCUGAGUCGGACCGGCUCGUCGGCACCCUGCCACUCACAUCUGUGCUGUGACUUCCGUGGGUUCAGGACGUUACUUUGGGAAGGCAAGUGUCCACAGGCUGGGAGGAAAGUCAUGUCUGUCCCGCAGUUGCGUCUGGUGGCUUCCCCAUGUUCUUCCCGGGUCACGUCCUGACCUUCAGAGGCCGAAAGGGAGCAUUUGGUUGUGUGUGUGGCAAGGCUUAGGGAGUGUGUGUCUUUGUACAAGUGUUCUUGCACGCGCUGCGAGGAGCCGGGGGUCACCUGUGCGUGGAUGGUUGUGGCUGACAGCCAUGGUCACGGCCACGCUUCCCGCGUUGGCUGGCGCUCUGGCAGCGGCGGCGCCCCUCUGAGGAGCGAUCUUGCCUUCAGCCUUGGGCCUGUAGUCAGUCCCCUUUGCUCUCUUCAGGUGUAAAUCUGUGUCUCCCUUUUCCGUGGGUCUCCUGGCUCUGGCUGUCAUCCCUUAGGGACUGGCCGUCUGCUGUGGCACGUGGACUGGUCCCCGGCGACCGACCACUCCUGCGGGUCCUGGUGCAGCCGCGUGUCGUGCCCACCAGACCGCCCUGCCUGGCGAGCAGAAGCUCCCGCUUGACAGCUCGUGGGUUUCGUGCUUUAACAGGGUCUCCUUAUUUCAUGGACUUCAAAUGAUUUAAAAAUGUUGUAACAUUCGUUAUCCGGUGUGUGUGGGCGCUUGAAAACUGGAUGUCCGCCCUGCGGGGUGGAGUUGCUUUCGGGGAAUCGGCUGGCCGCCUGGGCAGCGGUCACGGGUCCUCCCGCGUCGGAGCUGCCUGGCCUCAGGGGACAUGGCCUCGCUGCUCCUCCCCUCCCCGGGGGCUCUUGGAACCUCAUGUGGAAGCUGUGUUCUCAGCAGCUGUAAAUUGAGUCACGGGUUAGAUCACUGGGCAGUUCGUUUGUAUUCUCAGUUCAGCACGUUAACGAAUUCCUGUAAUCCUCAUGUUCGUUUUUGUAAUUUUAAAAACUGAGCACAAUGAAAACCUUUUUCGAAUCCCUCUUCUUCUGGAUUAUACAAAUACAGGGGGAAAGCACUAUGAGGAAUUUAUGCAAUAAACGUCUGCAUAUAUACAUUUA